AAGAAGGGAAUGUAUUGGCUAAAGUAACAGAAAAUGGAUAUUUCUGACAUCAGGCACAGUUUGUUCCAGGAGCUGAGGUGAUCUCAUCAUCAGGAUAUGAUCAAUCUCACCUCCCCACCUUCUCUCUUCCUUUUGGGUGCCAUGGUGGCCACCAGCAACUGCAUCGGGACACUACUUCUCUGCACCCUGCAGUGCAAAGAGUUCCUAGGACAUUGUCCCCGUUUCAGAAUUGUCUCUCACUGGGUUGUAUGCUUGCUCUGGGCUAGUCCCCGUGGCCAGGGUGGGAGUAUGCUGAUCAGGGGGCUCUGGGUCAAGGGCCAUCCUGAGCUCCACCUGCCUGAGUGCAGGAAGGGGCAGCUUCCCCAGGAAAGUGGGGGUAACGCUGCCAGAGGAAGGGGGGACAGGAGAAGGAAAGAGCAGGGGUCCAGGCAGACCAAGCUCGCAGAGAGUUCAUGUUCUAGAGGGGAAGUUGGACUGUGCGUCGGGGAAGAGGUGAGUGCUGAGCACCUACUGUAGACACAUGCUCCAGGGUGUGGAACCAUCAUGCAGAACAGAUUGCUGUGCCCAAUGCUUGGAUGGGGAAACUGAGACUCAGGAAGAGGAGCGUAUUCCUCAUCUGGGACCUCUUGGGGGCAGGGCCCACGUUCUCCUCUGCUCUCUCCUGCGUGGCACCUGACACAGCACCAGGGAGCUUCACAGUAGGUCUUCUGGGACCCAGGGAACCACCCCCUAAAUCAGUUCCAAGUGACUUCUGACUGGAUCCUGUGCCCUCUAGAUGGGAACAACCCAUGACACUUUGGACUUGGGAAGAAUUGGGAAUUGAACCAACUGAGGCUCCAUGGGGGCAGAGUUAGGAUCCUCGAAGGCGUGCGUCCUGUGAUCUCUCUUCCCACUAUGCAUGGUGUGGUCGGAGAUGUGCUGUUCACCAGGAGGCCAGGCGUCCCUUGCCUUGGUAAGGGCCUGCAGUGGAGUGGGGAGAUUUGGGACGGGGUGGCCUGUACCCUGUCUCGUGUCCCAGGAAGGAGCUGCAUGAUCUGGCUUGAGUGCCCCUUCCCACCUUCCUGGGCUGGCCCUGAGUGGUCCCUGCCUCCCUCACCUUCAGGAUGAAGGGACAAAACUCCCCCAUGGAGUUGGUAUAAAGGACCUGAAUGCUGGCCUUGGUAAGGCCCACACAGGGCUUCCCUGAGCCCCAUCUCUGCCAGCAAGCACCGCUGGGUACAUUUGGCUGGUAUCCAUGCUGUGGGGAGCUCUGAGUCUGGGGCCUGCCCUUUUUCUUAAAACCGGCUGAUCUGUGAGUGUCAGGGAGGCAUUAAAGGUGUGAUGGAACCAGAUUGAAACUCCUGGAUGGAACCAGAAGGGCUGGGAGUUGGUUGAGAAGGGAAUCAUUGUCUCACUGUGUGAUUCUUUUUUUUUUUUUUUUUGUCUUUUGUCCUUUUUUGGGGGGGCACACCUGCUGCAUAUGGAGGUUCCCAGGCUAGGGAUCUAAUCAGAGCUGUUGCUGCCAGCCUACGCCAAGCCACAGCAAUGCCAGAUCCAAGGCAUGUCUGUGACCUAUACCACCGCUCAUGGCAACACUGGAUCCAUAACCCACUGAGCGAGGCCAGGAAUCGAACCCGAAACCUUGAUGGUUCCUAGUCGGAUUAGUUUCCACUGCGCCACAACGGGUACUUCUGAUUCAUUUUUAUUAACUGCUGACUCUGGUUACUCAAAAUCUCCCUGCACCAUCCAUAGUAGUACUCCUGCCCUGGUGACACUGGGCCCAGGCCUGGAGGUGGGAUUAUUGCAAUGUUGGGCAUGGGCAGGAAGUCUGCAUGUAGGACCAGCCUCCGCCUUUCUCAAGGGAGGCCCAGCUGCUGGCAGUCUGUGGAUUCCUGAGAGGGUGUCUGGCCCCAGCCUGAUGCAGCAGUGGGGCUUCAGAGGUUUGGAGAAUGGACUGAGGAAGCAUGAGCAGCACUGCCUCGGUGGGAGGGGGAAAGUGCCUGGGGCCCAGUCCACCACUGCAAGGUCCCUACUCCAUGACCCUGAGCCAGCUGCUAUGUCUACCUGUCUCUGAGUGUAAUGCUGCUUGCCCUGCCCACCUGAGGGGCCAGGCUGGGGGUCAGAGAGGAGGCUAAGUGUGUGUGACACAGGAAGGGAUACCACCUACAUUUAUUGAGCUCUUGCUGGAUCCCUGGAAGACUCACAUGUGACCCAGGCAGUUGGGUGGACUCACUCGUUAUUCUGUGUUAAAAAUGAGGGUGAGUGUAGCGGGUUGGGGUGAAGUAGCUGGGCUGCCGUCUCAGCAUUCUAUGCUACUGACCCCAUCAGGUGCCUGUGCUGACCUCAGGGACACAGGAUGAGUGGAUUCUGUCCUUGUCUGCAGGGGCUUCCAGUCCCGGAGGUGGGUAGAUGAUCUCAAUCUAGUAUGAAAAGCACGAGUGAGACCCAGAAGGUAAGGACUCCAGCGAGCAGGCAUCUCUGAAGGCCAGCAAACCUCCCUGUACCUGUGCUGAAAAGUUCAAGGAGCCAAGCCAGAGAGGAGGGGCACUGGGGGAGAGCAGUAGUGCUAAGGCCUGGGGUCUUGAGCCUAGGGAGGAGGGAAGGUGGUUGGUAGGUUUUGGCAGAAGAAGGGGUGGCAAGGUGAACACUUUGGGAAAAGGACAGGAUUUGGGGAUGGAGGUUUGCCCCAGGGUCCCAUCCACCCAGGAACCGAUCUCCCUAGGCUGGAGCUGUGGGGAGGAAGGGCCUUGCCGCCACGGCGGCGGCUUGGCUCCAGGGAGGAUUAUCUAUUUUAGCAACUGGGGAGGGCGGAGGCAGGGAGCGCCCAGCCUCUGCCAGUUAGCGCUAGCUGCUCGAGGAGUGCGGAGCGGUGCCUGGCUCUGCUCUGCACGGGGACAUUGGCUUCGGAGGGCAGGCAGCAAUGCUGGCAGUGUCACUCAAGUGGCGGCUGGGCGUGGUGAGGCGGCGGCCCAAAGACGAUGGGCCAUACUCCAAAGCAGGCAAGGAUGCAGGAGGGGCCGAUGUGGCCCUGGCGUGCCGCAGGCAGAGCAUUCCAGAGGAGUUCCGAGGGGUCACCGUGGUGGAGCUGACCAAGAAGGAAGGCAGCACUCUGGGCCUGACCAUCUCAGGGGGCACCGACAAGGACGGCAAGCCCAGGGUCUCCAACCUGAGACCUGGGGGGCUAGCAGCCAGGAGUGACCUGCUGAAUGUGGGUGACUACAUUCGCUCAGUGAACGGGAUCCACUUGACCAGGCUCCGCCAUGAUGAGAUCAUCACUCUGCUCAAGAAUGUGGGCGAGCGCGUGGUGCUGGAGGUGGAGUAUGAGCUGCCCCCGCCCGCCCCUGAGAACAACCCAGGGAUCAUUGCAAAGACAGUGGAUGUCUCCCUCUACAAGGAGGGCAAUAGCUUUGGCUUCGUCCUCAGAGGAGGCGCCCAUGAAGAUGGGCACAAGUCCCGCCCGCUCGUCCUGACCUAUGUGCGGCCUGGUGGCCCCGCCGACAGGGAGGGCUCCUUGAAGGUGGGUGACAGGCUGCUCAGCGUUGAUGGGAUCCCACUGCAUGGUGCCAGCCACGCCACUGCCCUGGCCACCCUGCGGCAGUGCAGCCAUGAGGCACUGUUCCAGGUGGAGUAUGAUGUGGCUGUGCCAGACACAGUGGCCAGCGCUUCAGGGCCCUUGAUCGUGGAAAUAACCAAGACCCCGGGGUCCACCUUGGGGAUCUCACUCACCACCGGCUCCCACCGGAAUAAGCCUGUCAUCACCAUUGACCGCAUCAAGCCAGCCAGCGUGGUGGACAGGAGUGGGGCCUUGCAUGCUGGAGACCACAUCCUGUCCAUCAAUGGCACCAGCAUGGAACACUGCUCGCUGCUCGAGGCCACCAAACUCCUGGCCAGCGUGUCAGAGAAAGUGAGGCUGGAGAUCCUGCCUGCGCCCCAGAGCCGGCGGCCGCUGAAGCCCUCAGAGGCAGUGAAGGUACAGAGGAGCGAGCAGCCACAUCGCUGGGACCCCUGUGUGCCCUCCUGCCACAGCCCCCGGCCCGGCCACUGCAGGACGUCCACCUGGGCCACACCUGCUGGCCAGGACCAGAGCCAAUCCUUGUCCUCAUCUCCCUUUUCCUCGCCGACACUGAACCACGCCUUUCCCUGCACCAACCCCAGCACUCUUCCUCGGGGAUCCCAGCCCAUGAGUCCCCGGACCACAAUGGGGCGGAGAAGGCAGCGAAGAAGGGAGCACAAGAGCUCAUUGUCACUGGCCUCCAGCACGGUGGGGCCAGGCGGCCAGAUUGUGCACACGGAGACCACAGAGGUCGUGCUCUGCGGAGACCCCCUCAGCGGCUUUGGCCUCCAGCUCCAGGGCGGCAUCUUCGCCACCGAGACCCUGUCCUCCCCACCCCUUGUGCGCUUUAUCGAGCCUGACAGCCCGGCGGAGAGGUGUGGGCUGCUGCAGGUAGGGGACCGUGUCCUGGCCAUCAACGGCAUUGCCACCGAGGAUGGGACAAUGGAGGAAGCCAACCAGCUGCUGCGGGAUGCGGCGCUGGCCCGCAAGGUCGUGCUGGAGGUGGAGUUCGACGUGGCAGAGUCCGUCAUCCCAAGCAGCGGCACCUUCCACGUGAAGCUACCCAAGAGGCGCGGAGUGGAGCUGGGCAUCACCAUCAGCUCGGCUAGCAGGAAGCGAGGGGAACCCCUGGUCAUCUCGGACAUCAAGAAAGGCAGUGUGGCGCACAGGACUGGCACCCUGGAGCCAGGUGACAAGCUGCUGGCCAUUGACAACAUCCGCCUGGACAACUGCCCCAUGGAGGAUGCUGUGCAGAUCCUGCGGCAGUGCGAGGACCUGGUGAAGCUGAAGAUCCGGAAGGAUGAAGACAACUCCGAUGAGCAGGAGACCACGGGUGCCAUCAGCUACACGGUGGAGCUGAAGCGCUAUGGAGGCCCCCUGGGCAUCACCAUCUCGGGAACGGAGGAGCCUUUUGAUCCCAUUGUCAUCUCGGGCCUCACCAAGCGCGGUCUGGCUGAGAGGACUGGUGCGAUCCACGUUGGGGACCAUAUCCUGGCCAUCAACAGUGUUAGCCUCAAGGGCCGGCCACUCAGUGAGGCCAUCCACCUCUUGCAGGUGGCUGGUGAGACCGUCACCCUGAAGAUCAAGAAGCAGCUAGACCGCCCCCUCCCACCCCGCAAAUCGGGCAGCCUCAGCGAAGCCAGCGAUGUGGAUGAGGACCCCUCAGAGGCACUGAAAGGCAGCCUUCUGGCAGCCCGGUCAUCACCUGCUGUGCCCAGUGUGGACAGUGCUGUGGAGUCCUGGGGCAGCUCAACCACGGAGGGUGGCUUUGGAGGCCCAGGUUCCUACACUACACAGGCAGCCCGGGGCAUGACCCCCCAGGAGUGGAGGUCCAGCCGUCUGAGAAGCAGCCCCCCACCCACGGAGCCCCGGAGGACGAGCUAUACCCCAGCCCCCACUGACGAGAGCUUCCCCGAGGAGGAGGAGGACUGGGAGCCACCAACUAGCCCAGCCCCUGGCCCUGCCCGUGAGGAGGGCUUCUGGCGCAUGUUCGGGGAAGCCCUUGAAGACCUGGAGUCAUGUGGUCAGUCAGAGCUGCUGAGGGAGCUGGAGGCAUCCAUCAUGACGGGCACCAUGCAGAACAUGGCCCUCGAGGGCAGACCUGGCCCCCAGCCUUGGAGGAGGGGCCGGGAGGUCCGAGCUUCCUCUGAAGAGAUGCAGGAGCUGCUGCUACCGACACCCUUGGAGAUGCACAAGGUGACGCUGCACAAGGACCCGGUAAGGAGUGACUUUGGUUUCAGCGUCUCAGACGGCCUUCUGGAGAAGGGUGUCUAUGUCCACACUGUGCGCCCAGAUGGGCCAGCCCAACGCGGGGGUCUCCGACCUUUUGACAGGGUCCUCCAGGUCAACCACGUUCGCACGCGAGACUUUGACUGCUGCCUGACAGUGCCACUCCUGGCCGAGGCAGGCGAUGUCCUAGAGCUGGUCAUCAGCCGCAACCCACUGGCCCAGAGCAGCCGGACCCCACGAGUGCCAGGCCCCAGCAGUGCACAGAUGCUCUGAAGUCAGCACGUGGUGUGGACACCCCAGUCAAUCUUGGCUCCAAGACCUGUAGCCAGGCUGGACAAGUGGCCACCUGUUCAUCCACCUGCCUGUCCAGCAGCCUCUGAGCAUGGACCGGACCUUCCUCUCCAGUUCUUUGGUAACGGGGGGCUGGGCCCAGGAGGAGUGACAGUGAGGUCUUUAUCUGUGGGGCCCCCAAGAUGCCUGGGGAGCUGCCCACUGAGGGUGAAGACAGGCCGCUUAGGUGGAAGUAGAGGGGCGGUCCCCAGGGCCUCCUGGAAAGCAUGUCUGGUGUGGAGAGCCUUCUCCCAGCAGAGCUGUGGAGCUGGAGUGAGCUGCCAGGGAGAUAAGCCCCUGACCCAGGAGGAGAGCAUCUAGAAGUCAACAUCCCUAGGCAGUCAUGGGCAGAGGGGUGUGGCAUCCUGUUGAUUGGUCACCCCGGCUCAGUUUACCUUCUUCCUGAGGGAGUAUUUAGGGUUACACUGGGGGCUACUUCAUCUCAAUGGCCUCGCCAGGAUGGACCUACUCAGGGUAGGAACCCAGCCCCUUCCCAUCUCCAGAUUCUGGUAUUCAGUACUUGCCAGCAUCCCCACUUCGGCAACUCGGAGCAGGGGGCAUCUGAAGUCCCAGGAAGCAUUGGCCCUUUGAGGUUUGAAGCCUCUGUGGUCUGAGCUUGCAGUUCUGGGCCAUCGGGCAGGCUCAGUGUCAGGUUCUGGGCUGUUGGCCCCACCUGCUGCUAUUGUAGGACAUGUGGUCACUGACCCGUAUGAGAACCCCUGUCUCAGCCCAGGACCCUCGAUGUGGGAGGGAGUCAUUUUGGGACAAAAGAUCCAGGGGUUUCCACUCAUGUGCCAUUACGGUGAAAAAUGGGAAAACCAUAGAAAUAUGACAUGUGAGAUGGUAUAGCUCCUCGCCAGUGCCCUGAUCAGCGAAAGGGGGAGAGAGAAGCAGAGGUGGAGAGAUGGAAGGCCGUUCUCUCUCACGCCCAGCAGCUAGUGUCCAAAGUGGUCAUUCAAGGAAGCUGAUUCCCACCUGAAAUCUGGAAGCACCAGCAUCCCUUAAAAUCGUCUUCAUUUUCUGCACCCAGAAACCCUUUUGGUUUUGAGAAGGGCAUGGGCCUCCACCUGGUGGUCUGGGCUGUGGCCCCUGGGAUGGAGGUGGGCAGGCGGGAUUCAGCCCAGUGUGGGGACUUGCUUUGCCCUGUCUAGCUCUUAACAAGGUCUCAGGAAAACAGGGGGCGCCCACUCCCACCUGCAUCCCCUCCACCCCUGGAUCCUGGAAAAAUGCUCUUCCACUUGCGGGACUGGAUGGGGAGUUGAGAGGUCUGUUCCUUUCCUCUGGAUCAGUGCUCAGUUGCUGAGUACACCCCUCUGGACUGACCCCCUCUGGACAUGCAAGGGGUGGACAGCCUGAGAAGGCAGAACCAUCUCUGCCUGCUGAGGUCCACUUGGCACCCUGCCCCAUUCCCCACCCCCUACCCCUCUGCACCCUCCCUUUAUGCCAUGGCUGGUCCGCCCAAUGCCUCUGCUGUCUUGGAUUCCUGUGUAAAUGUCUGCCCCAGGGUGAAAGGGCGCUGCCCCCCUGUCACAAGAGGCACCAAGCAAAAGCCAAGAGCCCUCUGCUUGGGGGAGGAGGGGACGGUAUAGCAGAGACAUGGAUAGGGUGGAUUCAGCUGUGUGACCUUAGGCAAGUGGCCCUGCCUCUCUGGGCCUCUGUCAAGUGACAGGGCUAGACAGGACACACUCCUUGGGCCUCUUGGCUCAGGAAAGUGUGCUCGCCUUCAGGAGAAGAAAUAUGCAUCUUUAUCCCGACCCUGACCAGCGCUCCCUCCCUCCUCGGGCCGAGGCCUUGGCUGUUCCCCCAGACGUAUGCAACCAGGCCUGUGGGUGGAUCUCCUGGCCACGGCCAGCCUUCUCAUAUGCAAUAUUCCUCCCAGCUUCUCAUGGGGAUUUUUCAUCCCAGAAGUGAUGUUUCCUAACACCUGUCCCCGGUGAGCGUCCAGCCUGCCUAUGCAUUUUGGGUACAGCCCCUGCAACAUGCCCCUUCCACCCUGUAAAAGCUGUAUUUUUCUCUGGCUGAGUUGAGAGCAUAUUCCUUGUAAAGUAUUUUUCUACAUGGGGUUUUCUUAGGGCUCUCGGGAAGCACAACAUGCCGGGGGGCGGGGGGGAGCAGCAUUGCAAAGGCCAUUUGGAUUCUGGGGCCCUCACUGUGCCCCACCAGUGGUUGCAAUGACUUGGGGGGUGGGGAUGGGAGUGCUUUGGGGAUGAUUUUUUUAAAUAAAAUUAUUUAAAUG